AUGAUUUUCUUGUCGACUCUGGUGUCCUUGUCAGCCCUGGUUAGUUGGACCUUGGCCAAUGAGUGUGGACUCUUAGAUUAUCGCACUCAAGCCGUGGUCACGUCCAGUAGUUUGAAUACCAGUUCCUGUUCGAAGGAUUAUCUCUUUGAUAACCGAACGCGAGACAACUCUCCCGACAAGGCAGUUUUUUGUAGCUCGUCUGAUUCCCGGACCUGGGUCCAAGUGGACUUGGGUCGUGAGACUUACAUUCGACAGGUGGUGCUUCAUCCUCGCAAAGGCCACGAGGACCGAUUGAAUCAUGUUUAUGUUCGUGUUGGAUCCAAGUCUGAGGAUGGCACGCCCUUGGGGCAGUAUGCUUCCAAAAAUAGGGUGUGCGGACGUUACUCUGGUGUCAAGACGGUUGAAACGCCCAGAGAGUUUAAAUGCUAUACCCCCUUCAAGGGUCGAUACAUCACAAUACAGCGCUACAUUGUGGGUCCAUUGGACAUGUCUGAGAUCGAAAUUGACGCCGACCCUUAUGGCAUCAUCCCCGAGACAUGUGACCCCAACAAAUGCAAAAAGUUGAAUCUGAAAAACGCACGCGUCACUUCCAAUAGUAUCCAUGGGCAGUGUGGGCUUGGCUACUUGUUCGAUGGUAAAUCCUAUUCCGAAUCCCCCGACUUUGAGUUCUACUGUAGUGAUUCUACACGCUACCCACGAAUUCAAAUCGACUUGGGUCGCACGACCACAGUUAGUUCCAUCACCAUCUAUGCCCACAAGGGCUUCGAGGAUAGGAUUGCAGGGGUGACUGCCCGAGUGGGUCAAUACUACACCAAUCACAUCAGAGACGGUGCCAUACUUCCCCUUAACCUAUGGUGCAAACGCUCCGAUUUGAUCAAGACGGACUCCAUGAAAACACUGAAGUGCAGCAGGCCAUUGUCUGGACGAUUUGUCACCCUCCAACGAACGGUCAUUGGCCAGAUGGACAUCUCGGAGGUCACGAUGGAUUUGGAUGCCACAUCCAAUUACGGGGAUGAUUGUCAUGAGGAUACCUGUGCUGGAGUAAAUUACAGACAAAAUGCGGUGGUCACUUCCAGUGGGCUGGUUGACGGAUGCUCAUUGAACCGUCUCUUUGAUGGUAUAAAGAAUUCCUCUCUUACUGCCAUGCACUACUGCUCAGCUAAUGACCGAUACGACUGGGUACAAAUUGAUUUGGGAAGAACCGUCAAGGUGAAAGGGGUCCGAAUCUAUCCCAGGGUAACAUUGGAAGAUCGCGCCAACAGCAUCAAAGUUAGAGUGGGCCAAGUCUCAGCCUUUGGUACCCCCAGUGGUCGCUGGACGCCUGGCAACCUCUAUUGUGGACGAACUGCCAAUGACAAGGACAACUUAGAUGCUCGCGAGGUCAAGUGCACACGUCCCAUUGAAGGGCGGUAUAUCAAUUUCCAGCGUGUUGUUGUUGGAUACAUGGACUUUUCAGAAAUUGAAUUGGACCUUGAAGAGAAUAUUCCCACUGAAUGUCAAGUAAAGUCCUGCGAGCCUUUGAACUAUCGUGAAAGUGCUGUGCCCACUUCCAACGGAAUUGACCCAAGUUGCUCUUUCAAUGCCAUCUUUAACGGAGAAAGGACGGGCACCAGAGACAGCAAGGACAAUUUCUGCACAAAUUCCCCCAAGUUCAUUUGGCUUCAAAUAGAUCUGAGACGCACGUCCAAGGUGUUUGGGGUCACCCUCUUCCCUAGAAUGGCUUUCAAGUCCCGUUUCAGCAACAUUGUCGUUGAAGUUGGAAACACGCCCAUUACUGACAUGACUGUGGGGAAAAUCAUUAACGGCACCAACCAGUAUUGCAGCCAAACUAGCUCUGAGGAGGAAGCUCAAAACUUGCGUUGUUCCAAACCUUUGUAUGGCCGCUAUGUCACUUUCCAACGCUCCGUUGAAGGCCCUAUGGACAUUUCGGAAAUCAACCUUGACUUGGACCCUCACUAUGGUAUACCAGCUGAGUGCAAUGUUAAGAGGUGCGACUCAAUUGACUAUAGAUUGAACUCCGUCGUCAAGUCAAACGAGUUGUCCCCCCAAUGCGACCUGGACCACCUCUUUGACGGGAAAACAGCUUCCGACUCUCCCGGGAACGAUUAAUAUUGCUACUAUCCAAAUAAGGAGCCCUGGCUCCAAGUGGAC